AUGCUGGACAGGCAGACUACCUUCCCGCAUGUCCCUCCUCCCAUUGAUAUUGUGCAGGCUCAAUGUGACGUGUUCGCAACUGCUGCCGCGUGCGCCUCGCCCUCUACGGACGCAAGUCAGAUGAUCAGCGGCCGAACCAUCUCCUCCUUUGCCGACCUCGCUGCGAUCUACUCCACUGUGACGACACUUGCUCCUUCUCUUGCCUCCUCUCACUCCUCCCAGACGUUCACUCGUGCCUGCUCUUGGAACUCCGUCUCGCAGACAUGCGAAUACAGAUGCAACCAUGUGUAUGAGACUCUACCAUCUGCUACCUCCAGCUCUCACGCAACCAUAUCCCAGGCCCUCACUGUUUCCUUCGGCCAUAGCAACAAGAAUCUACUCGAUGCUGGAUCAGUCCUUCCAAGUCUGGUCUUCCAGCAGUACGGCGCGGGUUGCACAGCAUUCAACAUCGCUCCCCAGGCAAACGGCAACAAAGCUUGCACUAUCUGUGAAGAUCCCAACUUCAAUCCUCCAGAGUGCUCUACGGCAACCAAGUUCCCUGACUGCAUGACUGUCUGCAACAUGCUGCCAAACUGCACGAGUUUAUGUACAAAUAUUCUCUUCGGGGCAUCUCCGGCGAAUGUAACGAGCUCGAUGGCUGAGAGGUCUAGCAUCGAGUACCGGAUGAGCCAGGGCCUCGACGCGUUCACGGCAGACAUGCAGUGCUGCCAGCAGAGGAAGCUCGCGUCCAAGUCAUCGUCCGCCUGCGCCUACGAGUUGUGCUUCUUCGAGCAGUUUGCCGCCAACAAAUCCAACGGGAGGGACAUGUGGGUGGAUCAGACCCUCGUGACCGCCAUGGCUCAAGACUGCAGCGGGGGCACCUGCUCGGUGCUGGGAGCUGUGGUGACGUCCUCUGACGGGCUGCUCGGGUCUGCGAUGGAGAACAAUGCCGUCUCUGCUGAGACUCCAACUCUUCGAGCCGACCUCUUCUGGAACAUCACCAUGCCACAGCUUCGCUUUGACGCCCUGCUGACCAGCGCAACGGUCGAAGCAGCGACUGGUCUCGUCACAAUCUUCCCGCAAACAGUCCGAGUAGACGCGUUCAGCUUCCAGUCUUACGUCAAGAACUGCACGACCUCAGACCCGUGCAACCUUCAGAUCGGAGUGCUUCAGCAAGUGCUGCAGACCAAGUACAACAUCUUGUACCUCGGUCUGGUCGCGUCGGGAAGGUCUGAAGACGUUGUGAGUCUGCUGUUGACCAGGGAAGAUGCUUUGAGCCGCUGGCAGGAAACGAUCCCCGACGUCUUCCCGCAAGUGGAGGGCAGCAUGGUUCCUCCCUUCGAGCCGUCCCCCGCCAACCUCCCGCUAGCCUCAGCCAUCGAUCACUUCUACUCGAGGCGAGCUGUGCGUCGACGCGUCUACGGCGACUCAUUGGAGAAGGAGUUCGGGCUUGAUGUUGGCAUCAAGAGAGUUGCAGACUGUAACGCUACAGCUGGGGAAGGAUGUUUCUACCCGUCGGGGGCAAGGCAGUAUGACAUCGCGAGAAAACCUUGUCGUCCCAUGUCCUUGUUUCGCCCACAGGAGCGUGAUAGUCUCCAUAUCGUCGGCCCCCAUGGCGGCAUCAGCUGGACAUGUAGGUGGGCAGACCUGAUGGUUGGGAUCGUCGGGAGAGUUCGGCCAGUGGUUGUCCUCCUACAGGAGGGGAGGGGGGCAGGGGAGGCUCCACAGAUCUGA